AUCUAAAAAGGUACGGGAACAACCAGUCUUUCAUCCCAUUCGCAGUACUAUAGCCAGUACUAUAAUCAUACCGGGAACCUACAUCCUUUCAAUCCAACCCCAAAUAUUGUUCAAUAUCUGCAAACCUCUACUUUCACGCCCAUACGAAUAGAGCACAAAUACACCACGGUACAGCAUCUACCCACUUCCCCAAAUCACCACUUAACAUAAUCCACGACCCUUGACUCUGAAAUAUCUCGAAUCACAAAUCAAAAUAGGAUACGGGUCAAUUGACGCGCUUGAUUUCUGUGGAGAAGAAAAAAGGUGGUGAGAGACUCAGAUAGCUUUCUUCUUUAAUUUACCGGGUAACCAUUUACAACGACUUCCCUGUUUACUAUACCCACGACGGCCAUUUGAAAUGAGAUAGUCUAUCGACAAACUCGGCCCUUAAACGGACUGAGCUCAAGGAAGGAAAACCUUUACUCAGAGAUUACUUUCCGUCGCUGGCUCCCCCCAGCGACCUUAGUUCCUCAUCUAUGAUUCGGGAACAGAGGGCUCCUUCAGGUCCACGACCAGACCUUUCGCCUACAAGACAGUAAGAAAACAUGCCCGUCAAGAGAGAAGCCAUUAGAGGCGCUCGCAUUCACUAAUACUUCUAAUAGUAGGAUCUCUGAGAAUUACAAUCCCAGUGUAGGCACAGGAGGAUCGCGUCUGAUAGCUGGGAAAGAGCCUACGCUACAUGCCCCCUCGCGAAAUAAUCAUACAUUAUUUACAUUCGGAGGUCACAACGACGAUAACUCGUCAUCAUACGACUUUUUGCCUUCCCCCAGCUUUGACGACAUUCAAACUAGCAUAUCCAAUGAACUACAGCUGGCACCACAGUAUCCGGCAUCAGGUGGGGGAGAUUCAAUGCCGAGAGAGAAGCCUUCAAUGGGGGAAAUUAAAGCAUCUAUAAACAAUGGCCGAGGGCCAGGUCCGGCGCGUGGAGUUUCAGGACCACGACCGGCACGAACCUCUUCUUUUCAACGUCGACAGAGCGUGAGUAAUCGCCAAGGUAGCAUAUCUUCAACAGCUUCCUCGACGGCAUCGGGGAAUAUGGAUCCGCCAUCUGCUCCUCUCGCUGUGCGAACUCGUCGAAACCAAUAUCCUCCGAUCUCUGGAAGUGCUGCCUCCAAUGCGCCAGCGGCUAGAUUGCCGCGCAGAUCUGUAGGUUCCGAUGCAGAUCAAUCGAACAAGGCAGGGACCACACAAAGGCAGCGUCCGGGUCUUGCUCCAAGUACAUCAUUACAAUCUUUGUCUGAUAUUGCUAGCGCGUCUGUGAGGAUGAACAAUACCGGGGUCCCGAGUUACAUGGAUGGUGCAAGAGGUACAACCGCCUCCAGAACCGCAAAAAGUAAAUCACUACAACCUCCGGUGAAAGGGCAACCGCAAGUUUCUCUUCAGCCCGGCACGCCAGAUCACAGCAGAUCAUUGUCUCUAGCUACAAAAUCACCUGGAAAACCCAGCGGAACAGCAAUAGGCGCAACCACACCAUCUUCUGCAACUUCAAAGCGGAUGUCGGUCUUGCCGGGUACUACUCAUGCGAGUGGACUUGGAGCUAGGACGAUCAGCCCUACGGACACUCGAAGGGCCAAACGUCUAUCAACUCAUCAUGGAGGUCCAGUCGUUGCGCCAGGUACACCGCCAACUCCACAACCCGACUCAUAUCCCGCAUUCACCCCUCGAGGAUCUUCCAGAUCUCCAUCAAUGCUACCUCGAAAAGUCCCUACACCUUCAUCUUCUCGAACUACUCCGGAUAGUAACCGUAAGUACAAUUCUGCUAUUUCAGCUGCAUCAAGUUCAAGCUGUAACACAUCUCGAAACACUACAGGUUCUUUACAGCCUCGAUUAUCGUCCCUGGCCCCCACGACAUCAAGGCUGCCAACACCCAAAUCACGAAAUAUUCAUAGUUCAGCGGGUAAUAAUGAAGAGGAGGACGUACCGCCAGUUCCUGCGAUACCUAAAGCUUAUGAAUCUCCUAAGGACUCCCCCGCAGAAACUCCAUUCUUCGCCAAGAGAAAGUCAAGCAUGCCUUUUGAUGCGAGUAGUAUCAAUAGUACUUCGACAAAUAGCAUUUCCGGUAGGAACUCUGCACGCGAACCGGCCAAGAAUGAGCGAGAGUCAAAAAGGUCAAGACAUGCACCUCCUAGCUCGAACUCAGAUCUCGAACAGCAAAAGCAAAACUCCGCGACUCCCAAGAAGAAGAACCUUCAACCACUUCGUCUUCCGCCAUUGAAUUUGUUACCUCUAAGUGCUCCCACAGCUGCAAAGGCUAACGCCAUAUCCAACCCGGAGCCUUUGCCAAGUGGUACCAUUACGCCCCCACCAAAACGAAUCAAUACCAAAACUCCAAGUUCGCCCAUGACAGCAUCCAAAACAUCAUUCUUUUCACGUCGCGCCGAAGAUAAGUCGGAGCGUCAAAUGCCUCAAAAGCGGAGCAACAGUUCUAUUCAUCACCGACCUGUGGAGUCUUCGCAAGUAUUUGAGAGUGAUGCUGGGACGAAACCUAUACCCAUCGCCAGUAGUCGACCGCCACCACCUAGAGAAACCUCUCCAUAUUUAUCCUCAUCUCUUCCCAAAAAUAACGCUGGCCAGCAUCUCAUGCCUCGAUCUAAAACCAGUGGUGAUUUCACUACGAUGGAUAUUUCGACUGAAAACAAGCCAGCCAGGUUGACUGGGCCACGUGCCUUGAAAGUGAACCGAUUAGCUAAAAGCGACACUCCUGCGGAAGUGUCAAGUCCCGAGGAGCCGCCAACACCAUCCUCAGCAACCUCAUUGCGCAGAAAGCUAAGUCUUGGCUGGAAACGGUCUGGCUCGAAGAAUAACUCCACCGCUUCUCAUGCGGCAGGUGAGAGAGAAGCCAAUCAUCCACCACCUCCUCCAAAGCAUGAUAAUAUGCCACCUCCUAGAUUGCCUGCCUCUGCUACAAUGAAUAAUCUUAGUAGCGACAACAACAAGGAAAUCCCUAGUCCUAGCCCUUCUGUCAAGUCAAGUACUACUACUUAUCUUAAUUCCAGUAGAAGGAAAAGCUCGGUUUCGAGCCUUAAUCUUGUCACUGGUCACGAUAGAACAAGGAGUGAUAGUUGGGGUUUGCACCGAAACAGUCCGAAGAAGGAAGCAUCGACUGACUCUAUGACUCCGGAGAGGAACAUCCCGACAGCCACUUCACGAACCACAUCUUCUGUCAUGCACAGAAUGCUGAAUCCAAAGGCGUCUAGUAACAAUAUCAGGCAUCAGGAUCAUUGGACCGCGGACUUGGACAAGGACGAUCUUCUGGCAGAAGACGAAAUGAAGAAACUAGGUAACAAACGAAAAGAAACAGAGCAGGCAGCUCGUCAAUUGGAUGCUUUGAGAAAACGCGCUACUCCCAAGGAUCGAGCGAAUCCUCAACAGGCUCUUAAACUCGUCUCGCAUCUUAACAUUUACGAAAAAGGCGAAAUUGUCGACUACAAGGACAUCUACUUUUGCGGAACUGCCAGCGCAGCUAAACAUGUCGGUCAGCUUCAAUCCGAUGCCGCUAAUUUUGGUUAUGAUGACGAUAGAGGAGAUUACCAAAUCGCCACUGGAGAUCACCUCUCGUAUCGUUAUGAGAUUAUCGACGUCCUCGGUAAAGGAAGUUUUGGUCAAGUCGUCAGAUGUAUUGAUCACAAGACAGGGGGAUUAGUGGCUAUCAAGAUCAUCCGAAACAAGAAGAGGUUCCAUCAGCAAGCUUUGGUGGAGGUUAACAUUCUGCAAAAGUUGCGCGAAUGGGUAUGUAAUUCAAACAGCUUCAUCUGGUAAUCAGCUAACAGGCAUAACAGGAUCCUCACAACAAGCACAGCAUGGUCAAUUUUGUUCAAAGCUUCUACUUCCGUGGUCAUCUUUGCAUUUCUACUGAGCUUUUAGAUAUGAAUCUCUAUGAGCUUAUAAAAUCGAAUGCUUUCCGCGGUUUCUCUCUCAAGAUCGUUCGACGGUUCACAAAACAGAUGCUCAGUAGCUUGUUGCUUUUGAAGUCAAAGAAGGUCAUCCACUGUGAUCUGAAACCUGAAAACAUUCUUCUUGCUCAUCCACUCCAUUCUGAGAUCAAGGUUAUUGAUUUUGGGUCAAGUUGUUUCGAGAACGAGAAGGUAUAUACAUAUAUUCAAUCCAGAUUUUACCGGUCACCGGAAGUUAUUCUUGGUAUGACAUAUGGUAUGCCGAUAGAUAUGUGGAGUCUUGGAUGUAUCUUGGCAGAGCUUUAUACUGGAGUACCCAUCUUCCCUGGUGAGAAUGAGCAGGAACAACUGGCCUGCAUCAUGGAAGUUUUUGGUCCACCGGAGAAGCAUUUGAUUGAGAAAAGUACCCGCAAGAAGCUUUUCUUUGAUUCGCUCGGAAAACCACGCCUCACUGUAUCGUCGAAGGGACGUAGACGUCGACCAUCGUCGAGAUCUCUUCAGCAAACGAUCAAAUGUGACGACGAAGUUUUCCUCGAUUUUUUGGCUCGUUGUCUCAGGUGGGAUCCCGAAAAGCGUAUGAAGCCUGAUGAAGCUGUUAGACAUGAGUUCAUCACUGGUCAUAAGCUUGCUGCUCCACCUCGUGUCAAUACUCGGCUCGACUCACCGAUCAAGCGACACAAUACUACCGCCGCACCUUCCACAAACAGACCUCUCCCAGAGCCACCUGCCACCAGUCACAAAAGUGGGGCAACUGUUAGACCACCAGCUGCUGGAACUAGUCCAAGUAAAGCUCUUCCUCCUCGACGACAAUCCAAUGCCACAACAUUGACUGGACCUCCUGGGCCGAAACGCACGAGUACUGGAACCGUUACAAUUACUGGUAGUAGUAGUUUACCCCGAGUUACACGAAGUGUAAGCUCGAAACAGGAUUUAGCAUCUGCCGGGGCAUCGGCGGCUAUGAGUAGUCGGCGAGCAUUAUAAAGGAAUGUAAUGUAAAAACGAAACGUGUUCAAGAUGAAUAAAACCCUCACAACACUCAUUGGGUACAUAAGGAGCGGAUUAUACGAAUAGAUGGUCUUUUGUUACUUUACUGCCUUUUUCUUCUUUCCCUUCGUUUGAAGUUGUCCUUUAUUGCAUAGCAGCGAGUUUGGGCGAAGCAUUCUCAUUUCAUUUCAUUUCGUUUAUACCUGUGCAUUAUGCAUACCCACAUGAUCUACACAUCUAUACAUACUUCGUUCGUUCAAAAGCACAACGCGGGUCACAAGUUUACCACUCUACUCAGAGCCUUUCACCUGAUGAUGGAAGUCUUUUGGCGUUCUUGCGGCAGCACGGCUGUAGGCUGGGAAAAUCCGGAAUAUACUAGUGGGCGCAACAAGUAUUAGCUGAUACUACUAUAACACUACUACACUUUAAUUUGACGUCUCUCUUUCACGAAUUAUUUACCUGGCGUUUUGGGCGGUUUGUCCCUGAAGAAAAGAUGGGUGGGGAAAGUAGAGGAUCCGACGUGGAAGUAGGAUACAUUUGGAGAUCGUGAUGGAUUCAGAUGGCAUCCAUGCAUGGAAAAUGGCGGUCGGUUCAGAAUAAGGGAUGGCAGGGCGAAGGGAUUAAAUGGGACUGAUGAAAAGAACUGAGAUGAGUGAGAUGAAUAAAUUAUGUAUAUUAAUGUUUGGUAUCUUCUUCUUCUUCUCCUUGGGUGUGGCGGUUUCUAGACGAGCAGAGGAGAGGAAACUGGUUUUAUUACAUAUGCUGGUGGUGGUUAGAUGAUCGCUAAACUCAUGGCUUGCUGGGCUCUUGUUUGUUGUUGUUGCAUUGUUGUGUUGUAUGUUGUCGCUGUAAUCGCGAAGGAGGGAUGCAAGAUGUGGCGUCGUGGAAGAUGUUGAGAUAAGAGUUCGGGGGGAUAGCUAGCAUUGCGGGGUCCUGUUAUACGUCGUAUAUGCAUGAGCGUGCGUGCGUGCGUGCUUAUAUAUGUGUGGUUGAAAGUUACUUAAUUUGCUAGCUGUCUGAUGAGGAGAUUAGGUUGAUUAUAUCAGUGAGGAUGGAGUUGAAUUGAGAAGAGGAGAGGAGAGGAGUUGGUGUUUGAGGCGAGGCGAGGGGUGGCGUGGCGUGGCUAGAUCAGGUCAGCAUGAUGGCGAGUUUAGAUAUCCAAUGCAAGCAUG